UCUUGCUCUACGGCCAUGCUGUCGCACAAACGUUUGUGAAUGUGGAGGCCACUUCAGGGGACCAUUAGGUCUCAGGUUCGUCUGAGAAGACCAAAGAAAAUACCCUUACAUUUUUUUGUAUUAUUUUAUUAUAUAAUCUGUGUUUUGGUCGACUUUGUUUUUAUAUCAAUUGGCACACGCGAUGGAUACAUUGGGCAUAUGAAAAGGAACGCUUAAAGCCAUAUGGGAAAACGUUCGUUUCAAAAGAAUAAAUCGAGUUAAAUGGCGCAAUGCCAUUGCCGGUGGCGACGGGUGCUCCUGUGCCUGUGCUGUGCUCCCUGUGUCCUGGUAGGAUCUCUCUGUGUGUACAUCACCCUGGCUGUGUGUUAUAGUAUGACCACCAGUACAGGCCUGAGCAGCUCUGCCCCUAUCCUACAAAUUCUACCAGAGAGCUUCAUUGCACCAGGGCUUACCAGAAAUGACUACCUGGCCCCACACCCCACCAACUCCUUCUGGGACCCCAAGCCCCACGGAGGGGCCCUCUGGAACCGGCUCCAGCUACCCAUUGACCGCCAUUACAAUCCCAUCCUGAAGCCCAAAUCCAGCAAAGAGCACAAUGACCAUCUUGAUACCAAUAAUAAUAAUGCAAACUAUUUGCGGCUUUCCCUUCCCACCUUGAGUGCAGGGUUCUCUGAGAUCGGGAACUUGACAUCUCAAAUGGAUGAUUUUCAGGAGCUGCCCCUGCAGAUGCAGAUGUUUGUGUACUCCAUGCACUUCAGGGACUAUCCUGUCCUCAUUGAGCCUGCUAAACUGUGUGGACGAGGGCUAAAGAAGGGGCAGGGCCCUCUCCUACUGCUGGCCAUCAAGACCCAGGGCCUGAACUUUGAGAACCGCCAGGCCAUCCGGCAGACAUGGGGCUGGGCGGGGUGGGUGGCAGGGGCGACAGGGAAAGGCGGGGUGGUGCGGAGGGUCUUCCUCCUGGGGAAGAACCAUGUAGAACCCCAUGUGGAUAUCAGUGAGAUGCUGCAGCUGGAGAACCGCCACUACGGGGACAUCCUCCAGUGGGACUUCCACGACUCCUUCUUUAACCUCACCCUGAAGGACGUACUGCUGUGGGACUGGCUCUCCACCCACUGCCCCCUGGCACGCUUCGUCUUUAAAGGGGACGACGACGUCCUGUUGCGGACCCCUGCUCUCUUAGACUACCUCCGGGAGCAGACGAUCCAGUCAGGGGGGCCCGGGUCAGAGGGUAUGAAGGGAUUCAUGGUAGGGGAUGUGAUACGAGCAGCUGUCCCCAACAGAGUCAACUCUACUAAGUACUUUAUUCCUGAUAGUUUCUAUAAGGGGCUGUACCCUCCAUACGGUGGUGGGGGAGGUGUGGUGUACUCAGGGGAGCUGGCCCUGCGGCUCAACCGUAUCUCCCGGAGAGUUCACCUGUACCCCAUUGAUGAUGUCUACGUGGGCAUGUGCCUCCACAGGCUCGGGGUCCACCCCAUCCACCACCCCGCCUUCCUCACCUUCGACUUCCCCAAGAAAGAGGGGGUAGAGCAGUGUGCGUACCACACUAUCUUACUGGUACACAAACGUAGCCCUGCUCAGGUGAUGAAGCUGUGGUCGGAGAUAAUGACGAACCAGACAGAGUGCAGCAACACCACCCUGAGAAUGGAGAAGGAGAAAAAGAAUACACUUCUGAUAGAUCCAUUUAGUGUGAAAGACAACGAGGGACAGGAACUUCUGACGGAUCCAUGGGAUAGUUCUGGAAAUUAAGCUCUAUAGUGAGGUAAUCACUGACUGGUUUAAAACUGACAAUGGAUGGAUGGUGAUGGAGAAGGAAU